AUGAGACGACCCGCGCUUCUAGGUGCGGCCUUGCUGCUGCUCGAAUCGACCGCAGUGAGCAAAAACCUCGUCGUGGAGUCUCUGCUCAGCGCACCGGAUGGAUGGCUCAAGGUGAAGAACGCCGAUACAUCGCAGACGAUCCGACUUCGAAUAGCUCUUGAGCAACCAAAUAUCACAAACGGCAAGUUUGAGCAGACUUUGUACGGUCUGUCAACACCGGAUCAUUCUCUCUAUGGUCAGCAUCUAUCACGGGAGGAGUUGAGAGCUUUGGUACAGCCGCGUGCGGAGUCAACAGAGGUAGUCAUCAACUGGCUUCUGUCGGCUGGUGUUGAGACCUCUGAUAUCGAAACAUCUGAGGAGUGGCUCAUCUUCAAGACAUCAGUCGCAAAAGCACAGCGCUUGCUAGAUGCCGACUUUGGCGUCUAUAACUACGCAGGCACCGAGGCCACGAGAAUUCGGACUUUGCAGUACUCAGUGCCCGAGGAGAUCAAGUCUCAUAUUACCAUGAUCCAACCCACCACGAUAUUCGGUCGAUUGCAGCGUCACAACAGCCAAGUCCUCAAGGUAGAGGAAUCACCAUUCACAGUUCACGAAUUAGCGAGCGAACCAGAUGCCGUGGCAUAUUGCAAAUACUACAUGAACCCAGCUUGUCUGCGGAUCCUGUAUCGCAUCGGCAACCAUACUGCGGACCCAAGCGUCAAGACAAGCAUUGGAGUCAGCGGGUUCCUCGAGCAAUAUGCCAAGUAUGACGCUCUCGAAACAUUCCUCGGCAGGUUUGCUAAGUAUGCCAAGAACCAGACAUUCACAACAGCUCUGAUCAAUGGAGGUCAGAACAACCAGACCGAUAUGGUCCACGACGACGUCGAGGCGAACCUCGAUAUGCAGUACGUCGCAGCCUUGAGCUACAACACCGAUAUUCGCUUCUACUCGACAGGAGGCCGUGGGCCGCUGAUUCCGGACCUGGACCAACCGUAUCUGUCGCAAAACAGCGAUGAGCCGUACUUGGAGCUGGUGACAUACCUCCUCGCCCUGCCAGAUGAGGACCUUCCCACGACACUCACUACAUCGUAUGGCGAUAACGAGCGAGAGAUUCCUUUAGUCUAUGCCCGCAAGGUCUGCGAGAUGUUUGGGCAACUUGGAGCAAGAGGCGUCAGUGUUUUGUUCAGCUCAGGAGAUACUGGGCCAGGCAGUGCCUGCCAAACCAACGACGGCACCAAGACCAAGCGCUUCACGCCUAUGUUUCCCGGCGCGUGUCCGUACAUCACUUCAGUGGGCGGCACAACAUCGACGCGGCCCGAGACGGCCGUGUCGUUCUCGUCGGGCGGCUUCUCGGACUACUUCGCGCGGCCCGCGUACCAGGACGGCCACGUGCCCGCCUACCUGUCGCAGCUGGGCGCCGACGUCUUCGCCGGCCUGUACAAUACGUCGGGCCGCGGGUUCCCGGACGUCAGCGCGCAGGGCAGCGGGUACCAGGUGGUGACGCAGGGCCAGGUGACCAGCGUGGCGGGGACGUCGGCGAGCGCGCCGGCGUUCGCGGCGCUCGUCGGGCUCGUCAACAACGCCCUCGUCGCCAGCGGCCGCGCGCCCCUCGGCUUCCUCAACCCCUGGCUCUACGGCACCGUGGCCGCGGCCGGCGGCCUGACGGACAUCACCGAGGGCGGCAGCAGGGGCUGCGGGCCCAGCAGCCAGUACUCGGGCAUGCCCACGCCCGAGAUCGCGGGCGCCGGCUGGAACGCCACGGUCGGCUGGGACCCCGUCACGGGUCUCGGCACGCCGUUGUUCGACAAGCUGUUGAGUCUGGCGCUGGCGAAUUCGACGGCGGCUAGAGGUGCGAGAGCUGAUGGUGCAAACAUGUCUAGGAGGUCGAUCUGGACUUAG